ACAGACGAGCCGGGGAACGGGCGUUUUGGCUCCAUUUUCUCCAUGUGCUGAAGCGCGCCUCUCACUGCACGCUAUCCGCGCUACCAUAAUACCUCCCCUACCCCCCCAACAUGAACUCCAUCGUCUCCUACAUUUCCAAGUAUCUACCUGGGCAGACGCACCGAUCCUUGUCACAUUGUCGUCUAAAACCUUUCAGACGCCAUUUUUAUCCGUCUUGUAACCCUAGAUCCAAGCACCACGGGCUCUGGAUUAACGACCAAAGUCGCCCGGCCUUAAAAGGUUUGACGCACACGCUACAAAAUCCAGCCACACGCAAAGACCUCGGUCAUGUUGUGAGCAUUGCGGAAGCCCAGGAUAUUGAUGUAGCUGUCGAGGCUGCCGAGUCAAGUUUCCAUUCUGGCGUAUGGUCAAGAGAGACAGACGUUAAAGGGCGGAGCAAGGUGCUGUUGAACAUGGCUCACGGACUGGAAAAACGCCUCCCGGAGUUGAGCCGCCUCGAGUCCUUGCAGACCGGCCGCCCGCUACGAGAAAUGCGGGCCCAGCUCUCCCGUCUGCCCGAAUGGUUCGAAUAUUUCGCAGCCCUGGUCCGCACAGAAGAAGGGAGCCUGCCUCCGUUCCCCGGACCGUACUUGAACUAUGUCCGACGGGUCCCACUCGGGGUAUGCGCGCUUUUGACUCCCUGGAAUCACCCCCUCCUAAUUGCUGUUAAAAAACUCGCCCCUGCACUGGCCGGGGGCAACAGCGUGGUCUUGAAACCCCCCGAACUGGCCCCCUUGGCCGUUUUGGCCCUCGGAGAAAUUGCCCGGGACGCGGGGCUACCUCCGGGUGUCCUAAACAUCGUGCCUGGGCAGGGCAAGGUGGCGGGGAGAGCCUUAGCCGCACACCCCAGAGUGCGCAAGGUAGACCUGACGGGCGGGACGGAUACGGGUCGGAUGACGGCCUGUGUGGCGGGAAAAAACCUGGCCAAGGUGGUGGCGGAGCUGGGCGGGAAGACCCCAAUGCUCGUGUUCCCGGACGUGGAUGUGGACGAGGCGGUGAACAUGUGUGCGUUCGGGGCCUUCGUGGCAGCGGGCCAGACAUGCGUCUCUGGCAGCCGCCUCCUCGUGCACGAGUCCAUCUUCGACGACUUCGCCGCCCGCUUUGCGGCCAAGGCCCAGGGCCUGCGCCUCGGCGACCCCCUACACCUGGAAACGGACGUGGGACCGCUCAUCUCCCGAGCGCAAUUGGAGCGCGUGCACGGCUUCGUAGAACGCGCCAAGACAAAGGGAGCCAAGGUAUUGUGCGGAGGGCUGGGCUCAAUCGCUUCCUCCCCGUCGUCCUCCCCCACGACCCCCACCCCCACCCCCGUCCGGGGCGCCUCGCCGCUUCAAUCUCUCCCUCGGCACCUGGCCUCCGGAUUCUUCUACCCGCCCACCGCGCUCACCAGCGUCCAUCCUGACAUGGAAAUCAUGCAGGAGGAGGUGUUCGGCCCCGUCGUCUGCCUCCUCCCCUUCGCCUCCGAGUCGGAGGCCGUGGCCCUGGCCAAUCGCUCUCCUUACGGGCUCGGGGCCAGCGUGCACACGAAAUGCGGACGUCGCGCGCACCGGGUGGCGGACAGCUUGCAGGCAGGAGUAAUCUGGCUGAACGAGCACCAUCGAAACGCGCCCGCGUCCCCCUGGGGCGGGGUGACGGCAGCAAGCGGGCUGGGGCGAGAGAACGGGCGGGAGGCCUGGAUGGACUACACACAGAGCAAGAGCGUGGUGGUGGGGUACGCCGAGGGGGCCUUCGACUGGUUCUCGCAGCGAGGGGCGCGGUAUGGUUGA